AUGGAUAAGGCAUGGCGUGGGCUGCAAUGGGCGUCUGGGUGGGCAGGCAUAGCCCACGUGCCUCUGGAACUCUGCCUGCGCUGCUCCCUCGCUGUGGUUGUCGCCAGCUACAGCUGGAUGGCCCACCCUGCCACCUCAGCAGAUCCUGCCAGCUCAGCAGGAGAUGCGUGUGCGCAGAGCACGGUGCUGCUGGUGCUCUCCUGCUGCCACCUGCUCUACCUCGCCCUCGCCCGUCCCUUCAUCAGCACGACUCUCCUCCUCUCCGCCCUCCUCGCCUCCGCCUCGCAUGUCUCUCUCUUCGCCGUCGCCCUCGCUAUUGCCACGGGCACCAUUCCCCCCUCCGCUGCUGCAGCAGCAGGGGCGGGGUUGCAGGCGCUGCUGCUGGUGUCGUUUUUGGGCCACCUGCUCUGCUUCCUGCAUGCCUUAGUGAAGGAUACUGCCGGGGUGGGGGUGAAAUACUAUGAAGGCGCAUUUGGGAGGAGCAAGGGGCUGGGAGGUGGGGUGAGGGGGGGGAAUGUAAGGGGAGGAGCAGAGGGGGAAGAGCAGGGGUGUGCGGGAUCAGUGAGUGAGGUGGCUGGCACGGACGGAUCAGUGACGCUCACAGGGGGCUUUCUGGGCGGCCUCUCUCUGCUCGCCUACGGCCUCGUGCUCCUCUUUCUCAGCCCCUUUGGUUUCGGCUCCCCCCGAUCUGAUUCGGAUUCUGACAGGGAUUUGGGCGGCGACUCUGCGAGCCAAUCCAGGUGGAGGAGAGGGUGGGGGUUAGGGAGGAAGAGGGGAGGAGAGGGGGAGGGGGGCGGAUGGGGAGGGGGGAUAGGGGCGAGGUUUCACAUGGAUAGGCGGGGUGAGCUGGGAGGGUCGCCAGAGGCAGCUUUUCCCGUGAAGGGAAACUCGAGGGGGGGCAGCCGGGGCAGGUCGGGCAGCCAAAGCAGUAGCGGUGACAACAGUAGCGGUGGCGGCUGCGGCAGUGGCAGGAGAGCUUCUAGCGGCCCAGCUUAUAACGAGUAUGGUUCUCCUAACCGAAUGACGGGUUCCGAGACUAGACCGAACCAGUCUGGGGCCUCUCGGUUGGAUUCAGCAGGGCAAGCAGGUACGGGGGAUGGAACCUCUAGGGGGAGGAGGGGGGAAUCAGGCGGAAGGGGGGAAGGUGGGGAGGAGGGGGGGUGUGGUACAGACGAGGGGGAGGAGUGGCGGAACUCCCCCCGUGCGCUCAUGCAGCUGCUGCCCAUGCUGGCGCCCUCGUGGGCUACAGAAGGGGCGGGGGGGGAAGGGAGAGGGGGAGGGGGAGGGAACGGGGGAAAGGGGGGACGAGGAGGAGGGGAUGGGGAAUCAAGGGAAGGUGCUAGUGCUGCUGCUGCCGCUGCUGUUCCUGCUGGUGCUGGCACGGCAGGUGGGGGCGGUGCCGGGGUGUUGGGUGCGGUGCUGGGAGCAGGUGCUGCAGCAGCUGCGCUGGGUGUUGGCGUUGUGACUGCUGCUGCUGCUGCUGUCACUGGCACCGGCGCUCACAAGCAUGAGAGGGCUCAAUCGGACCAUGCCAAGACGAGGGGGGGUAUGCACAUGCUGAGCCCGAGCAGUGGGUCCCCAAGCCCGCUCUCUCCGCGGCGCCUCUCCCCGCUGCCUGUGCUGUGUGGCAACCAAAGCGGCGCCCUGGCAGCAGCUGCAGGGGCGAGCAUCGGCGUGGCCUCCGUGUCUCUGCACUCCGACUCCUGGUCCUCCCUCUCCUCCCUCUCGUCCAGUGAGCGUUCGGCUGGCGCUGCUGCUGCUGCUGCUGCUGCGCUGAUGGAAGGUGUGGGGGGGAGAAGAGGAGGGGAGGACCCGUUUGGCGGGCUGAGGGCACGAGUGGAGUAUUUGCGAAGCAGGCGGAUGCAGGAGAAGCCUGCGGGUGAACUUACAAAUGGCAAGGCUGCUGCUGCUGCUAAAGUUGGUGUUGCAGCAGCAGCAAGAGGACAGGGUGAUCUGGGACAAAAUCCGCACCGCCUGCCGUCCCUCCCUGAAGCGCCUCAGAGCACCUCUCCCGACCCCCGCCGGCCCUACACCCUGCAGCCCAGAGCGGUGAAGAGCGGUUAUGCAUGGUCCAGCAGGCAUGCGGCGUAUGGCACAGACACUGAAGCUUCUAGGGAAGCUUCUGAGGCGUCCAGUGCUACAGCUGCCGUGCCGUCCUCCCCCUCGGCCCUCACAGUGGACGCGGCUGUGGAAGCCAUGGCUGCUGCAGCAGAGGGCGACCCCGCGCUACAGCCGGGGAUCUGGGGCAUGGUGGCUGGUGCUGCUGGGUCCAUCAUGGGAAGCUUCUGGGGUGCUUCUCCCGUGGAUGGGAAAGGGCCGUCCACAGUCUCUCGCAGCAUCACCCCCCUCGCCUCCCUCAUUCCCGCCUCGUCGCUCUCCCCUCUCUCCUCUGCCGCCCCCCUCUCCUCCCUCUCCUCGCCCCAAUCAAGCUGCGACACCUCAGCAUCCAGCGCGCGGGAAGCAGGGAAGCGGUAUGAGCACGGGUCACUGGUGGAUGCUGCAGGGCCACUGGUGGAUGCUGCAGGGCCACUGGUGGAUGCUGCAGGGCCACUGGUGGAUGCUGCAGGGCCACUGGUGGAUGCUGCAGGGCGGAAGGAGGGGCGAGAUGCAGUAGCACUGGCGCCACCACCAAACCGAAGUGGCUCGUUUGGGAGAGGGGGAGGAGCGGGAGGGCAGGGAGGAUAUGGGGAGUUGGGGAGGGUGGUUGAGGGCGCAGGGCAGGGUCUGCGCCUCCGAUCCUGGUCCAAGUCCAGGUCUCGCUCCCAGGUGCACUCAGGUGCUUCCUCAGGUGCUCACUCAGGUGCCCAGUCAGAUGCUCGCGCUGCGUCAGGCUCCAGCGGGCAGCUGAACGGGCAGGGUAACGGGCAGGCAGGGUCCUUCUCAGGGUCGAAGGGCGAUUCUUGUGGCGAUGAUGUUGUGGGUGGAAGGGCAAAUUCAAUCGGCAAGGGGUCGUCACAUGGUAGGGGUUCACACAGGGGGGGUUCGUCUGCUGCUGCUUCUUCUGCGGCGGCGGCUCGUGUUUCUAGUGGUAAAGGGUCAUCUGCUGCUGCAAACUCAAAUGCUGCUGCAAACUCGAAUGGUGCUGCUCCGUCACACCCACCCCAUCGGGCAGGUGCGAGGCAUGGUGAAGCUGACACACCACCUGUUCCACGGUCCGUUGCAGCAGUUCUGAAAGCAGUGGCCACGGCAGCCAAGGAGGAGGAUGCAGAGGAGGAUGCAGAGGAGGAUGCAGAGGAGGAGGCAGCAGGUGAACUUGUGACUUCUCUGCAACCUCCCAGCGGACAAGAGGCAAUCCACUCACACAACGACCGCCUUACGGGAGGCUUGGCUCGGGGUAGCUCUGGCGGCCCUGGCUCGGGAGGCUUUGGUUCGGGGAGCUCUUGGUCCGGUGAAGCUGGGAAGGAGGGUGGCUUGGGUGGGGUGGUGUCAAGAGCAGGUCUUGGUGCCACGUGUCAAAAUCCUAGUGGCUCAUGGACGAGCUAUGACAUCCAAGUGUCUGCUUCUCUGUCGGACUCCAAGGGACGCACAUCCAUCCCUUCCCCCUCCCACACUACCUCCCCCUCCUCCCCUUCCUCCCCCCUCCUUUGCCCCUCCCCCUCCGCCUCGCCAUUCCUCCCCUCUGGUAGCUCGCUGCCUUCCAUUGAAGUCUCCAACUCCCCGUUACUGUCAACCGUUGAGGUCACAAACUCCCCAGUACUGUCACUCUCUGACUCGGAGGAACAGACAUCCAUCCCUUCUCCCUCCGACCCCUCCUCCCCCUCCUCCCCUUCCUCGCCCUCCCUUUCCGCCUCCCCUUCCCGCUCGCCAUUCCUCCCCUCUGGUAGUUCCCUGCCUUCCAUUGAAGUCACCAACUCCCCGUUAGUGUCACUCUCGCCAUCUAUCAGCAGGCCUGGGCGACCGUUACAGUCACCCUCUGUGAGCACAGCAGGCGUGUGGGGCAAGAGAGCAACGCAGGGGUGGGGCAAUGAUGAGACGGAGAGGGAUGAGCGGGAGCGAGGUGAUGAGAAGGGAAAGAGUGGUGGAGGGAGGGAGAGCAACGGAGUGGGGAGGUGGAAUGAGGAGAGGGGGUUUCUGAGCAGGUGGGCUCCUAGUGGCAGCAGCCAGGAGGUUGACGAGGAUGGGGAGGAGGAGGAGGAAGAGGAUAGGGAGGAGGAGGAAGAGGAUAGGGAGGAGGAGGAAGAGGAUAGGGAGGAGGAGGAAGGUUAUGGGGAGGAGGAGGAGGAGGAUGGGGAUUGGGAUGGUAAUGGGGAUGAGGGUGUGGGCGAGGGUGCGGAUGAGUUUGAAGAGUAUGAUUCACACGAGAUUGCAGAAGGGGGUGUGGGGAGAGUGCUGUCAGCAGCACGCAAGGCGGAGGGGAGGGGCAGGAUCAUCAUGAUGGGGCGCGGCAGGGGGCGGGGGGUGCGGAGGGGCGGGCGGGGGCAGCAGGAGGUGGUACCAGAGGUGGGUCGGAUGAUCCGGCCUCAGGCGCCCCUGCGGCUGAGCUAUGGCGUCAGUCCUGAGGCACUGCGCACGGUGAAGCUGCGGUGCGUGCGUGAUGGGGAGGAGGGGGAGGCGCGGUGGGAGGGGGGGAGGAGGGAGGAGGAGAGGAGGGAGGAAGAGAGGAGGGAUGAGGAGAGGAGGGAAGAGGAAAGGAAGAAAGAGCAAUUAGGGCGGGUCAAGCAAGAAGGUAACAGGGGGCAAGGGGAAGAGAACGGACACGGGGGAGAGAGGCUCACAGAUGGGGACAGCACUCGGGAGGGGGUGCAGACUACCAAGGCGGCAUGGGUGCGCGUGCAAGUGGGGGAGGUGGGCUGCCGGUGUGGGGGGGGCGGGCACGGAUGGUGA